AUGGCGUUUCUAUUCUACAUUGACGAGUCACAGCUCCAAACCAUCGUCGACAAGUUUGGAGUACUGGCUGAUGUUUUAACCUCGAUUGGGACACUCCAAAAAUCAACAACUAAAGAUGAUCUCCCCCCUCCAGUAUAUGAUCUGUCGCCGCCAGAAUCAGACCCAAUUGAAGAUGUGGUCGAUGCAACGUCAGUGGCAAACACAAACUCGUUAAUGGUAUCUUCUCUGGAGUCGUCAAUACUGUUUGCAAACGAAAUAAAUCAUCUUACGUUGAAUGAUAGCGGGAUUGAUGGUUGCUCUCCAAUAUUAGAAGAUACUGAAUCAGGCUUUGCCGAACUUGAGGACGUAAACCAGGUUGAGGACGAGGUUACGGUUAGUGUUGAUACUGAAACAUCCGACACUGACAACCAUACUGGAACUCAUGAUGUUAGUGGGAACGUGGACGAGAUGGGAUGUGAAUCUGCAAUCGAGGUAAUACGCAACACUGAUGCAACCGGCUUUGUGGACGACAAUGUAACUGAAAAACACAGUGAAGAAGUAACCGAGACCGAAAUCUACAUUGAAACUGAAGAGGUAACAAGCUAUGUGGACGCAAUUGACGAUGGUAUCGGCAAUGUGGAAACUAAUGGAAAUAUGGAUGAAAUAGAGAGUUCUAAUCAGCUUGUGGACGAACAUAGCACUAAGAGCCAUCCCGAAACGAAGGAAAUUCACGACAUUGAGCACUGUGUUGAAGCUGAAGUUGCGACCGUCAAUGUUGAUAACGGUCCCGCUGAUGUACCCGAGGAUGUCAAUGGGCACAUCGAUAUAACCCAUGUUGCAAGUUGCCAUGAGGAUGUCGCCGCAGUUGAGGAAGUUGCCGACCCACACUCGCCCUUUAGUGGUGAUGAUAAUUGCAAUAAUAAGACUCCCGAUCCAACUGAUCAGCCUUUGCCUACAAACCCAGAUGACAAUUCUAAACUUCUUUCUUAUGGGGCGGAGGAGCCUGGCAUAUCUAAUGAGGACAGACUGCUGAAUGUCAUGCCAACCGAGUUUGAUGUCACGCCCAAGCCUCUUCAAGUGAAUGUUUCCAAGCACGCCGAAAGCGGUCUCAUUGUUUGUGCCGAGGGUCAUGUGCCUACCGUGGUCUUACCAAACCAGAUCAAUGCACACUUAAUGCAUAGACAUGACAGAAAAUUGUGGUCUGAUGAGACUCGUCAUCGACUUCGGGAGGAAUUGUCGAAAGGUAUCGCCUCCCAAGUUCCUCUUAACAUUCUCACGCCGCUUCCUGACAUCCCCGUUCUCCAGAAGCACUUUUGUCAGCGGUGUCACAAACCUUGGGAGAAUAAUAGGAAACAUAAGAGAGGAAGCCCCGAGUGUAUGGGUAGCAAACGAUACUCGGUCAAGGCUCAGCAAUAUAAUCGAGGCAAAUGGGUUAUAUUAGGGUCUAUGCCAGAUGUCUUCAAAGAUGCUGACGACACCAAUUUGCAACACCAAGCGCCGCCUGAAAUUACCGUGAAUGUCACCAAGCACGAAGAGACGGGUUUACUCGUAUGCGCUGAGGGCCAUGAGCCAAUGGUGGUGCUACCACACCAGGUAACAAGCCACAUGCUUACACGCCACUCAGAUGAGAAACCAGGUUCCACCGACGUACGCGCGAAAAUUCUACAGGCUCUCAGCACCGGUACAGUUAACAAAGUCCCUCCUACCAUCCAAACCGAGUUUCCUGCCAUCCCCGUGACCACCGCGUACUAUUGUCACCAUUGUGACAAGGUUACUGCGAAGAAAGAGCACGCCACAACCGACAGAUGCACUAGUGUACAAGUCGAGUGCCAAAUUUACGCACAGGAUCAAUACGUGGUCAUCGGACAGCUACCACAAAAACCUCAAGUUGAAGAAGCUAAAUAUUCGAGCGACAAUGAUAUUGAAAUGGAGAUGUUGAAGAUUGAAAAGCACCAGGAAACCGGCUUGUUUGUUUGCGCCGAAGGCCAUGAACCGAUGGUAGUGUUUCCACACCAAUUCCAAGCGCACAUUAAACUUAAUCACCUUGGCGAGCGUGGAUGGUCCGCAAGGUUGCAGGCAGAGAUUAGUAAAACUUACAGUACUUGUUCGGUUACCGAGGUUCUAUCUAGCAUCCAAACGCCAUUUCCUUUGAUCCCUCUUGUCCAGGGAAAGUACUGCUUUGGGUGUUGCCGCGUUUAUGAGAGAUUCUUUUACCAUACAGGGGAGGAUAAAUGUGGCGACAACAGUCAAGUUCCCCUCAUCUUUCAAAUUCUUCAUGAUGGCAAGGUGGUGGUCAUUGGGUCUGUGCCAAAAGAUCCCAACAAUAACAGAGACGACGGCAAUCUUAUUGACGAACCUACGCCUGCAAUUUCGGGUAGUGCGACAAAAAUGCUCGACAACUGCCCCCCACUGAUAUGUCGGGCGCCCGAGUGUGGCGAGUGGAUCAUGUGUGACGUAUGUGGACAGCGGUUCCACGGGCCAUGCGUGGGCAUCGAUCCUCAGCCGGUGGCAGAACUUGUCGCCUACCAUUGCUCGCGUUGUGAAGCCGACCACGGCCCCCUGGCUUGCGCUCGCAAGAGUAAACGGAGCAAACCGAACAUUGACAACCUAGCGUUGAAUUGA